ACGAGGACCCAGAAGCCAGAAGCCAGGACGAGUCAUGGAGCACUUGGCGUACCACGCGGGCGAGCUCGGCAAGGCGGUGAUGUGGAACCUGGGCAUGGGCGGCGACGACGCCACGGCGCGGAACGGCGAGUUUGCGCUUAGCCCCGAGCACUAUGCGUACGAAGGGUACCAAGCGCAGAAGGCCGAGCAGUCCGCGGCAUUUCUCGCGGGCCAGGAGGAGGUGCCGGGGCUGCUGGGCGCAUUCAACCACACGUGUCUGAUCCCGCUCAACCGCUCGCUCGUCGCCGGCAACGGCACGCUGACCUGGUACGACGAGCAGCUCGAUGGCCCCCUGGGCUACGGCUCGUGCGCUGACUCGUCCGUCCUUGGCGCGGUGAUCCUCUUCCUGCUCGUGGUGCUGAUCGCGACGUCCAGCCGCAGUGGCGGCGGUGUUGCGUCCCGCGCGUUUGACUAUACCGGGUACAAGGCGACCCUGCCGACGGCCCCGAAGGGCCCGAAGCCGACAAAGAAGGAGAUGCAGCAGCUCAAGGAGCGGGCCCGGGGAGCGGCGCUGGUCUAGAGCCUCUGGAUGGCCACGUCGUUUGACUUGUCUGGUAGAGCAGCAACCGCGUGCGUCUCCAUCUCUCUCCUUCCUUUACGCAUGAUACGUGUGUUUGGACGUGCCGACCGCUAGAGCACAUCUCUAGUGUGUGCGCGUGUGCCGUGCCCGUGCGUGCGCGGCCAGUGUGGGCUGUGGGCGGCGGCGUGGGCGUGGUGUGUGUGGAUUGAAUCUAAGUUUACUGUCGAGAUUG